AUGACUACUCUGCCAUCCUCUUCGUUUCCAAUAAAAACAAAUCAAACAGCACGUAUAAUAAACAACGUACACACCGAAGUACUAGUGACUGGGUUUAAUGACCGUAUUUUCGUAAUACUAACUCAGUAUGGAAAAUUGCACACAACGCUAGAUUCCCCCUCACCAACUACCUUUCUCUCGGCUGCCUCCUCAUCAACAACUACAUUAUUACCUUCAACAACAACAAAGUUUUUAUUAGGGUAUUAUUCACUAAAAUACCAAAUUUAUGCUUCACUCAUUUCUUCGUUGAUUGCACAAGAUAAUCCAAGAGAGACACGAAAUGUUAUUGUUGGAUUGGCAUUGUUAAAAAUGCCGAACAAGAAUAAAGAAUCAUCAACAAAUACCGAAAGAUCCAAAGUAAAUAAUGCCAGUGAUAAGUGA